AUGCACGAAAAAGAACGCCACAGGAUCAUACUAUCCGCGGUUCAGGAUCGUCCGGUCGUGACGGUGCAGGAGCUCGUGGCAUUGACCGGGGCUUCUGAGGCGACCAUACGCCGGGAUAUUGCACAGCUGCAUAUGCAGCAGAAGCUUCGCCGAGUGCGUGGUGGCGCGGAAUCGAUCCACCCGCCGCAAUUUGUCGGGUUGGCCGGACGACCGUUCAGCGUCAAUGAGACAAUCAAUAUUGCUCAAAAACGUGCAAUUGCGCUGAAGGCAGUCGAGCUGUGCGAGGACGGCGAUGCGAUCAUCAUAAACGGCGGCACCACGACAUUUCAGAUGGUGCAUCCGCUUGCGACCAAACGCUUGCAGGUGUUCACGAAUUCAUUUCCGAUUGCUGAGCAUCUUCUGAAGAAUUCAAAAAACACCAUCAUGCUUUCCGGUGGAGUGAUCUACCGGGAACAGAAUAUCAUUCUCAGCCCGUUUGAUAACGAUGUGACGCGUAAUUUCUAUGCGAGCCGAAUGUUCAUGGGUGCGCAGGGCCUUGGUGCGCUCGGCCUCAUGGAAGCGGAUCCUUUGCUCAUUCAGGCCGAACAGAAACUGAUCGGUCAGGCUGACGAACUGGUUGUCCUCGCGGACAGCUCGAAAUUCAGUGCAAGGUCGAGCCUGAUCCUGUGCCCGCUCGAUCGCAUUUCCACCGUCAUCACGGAUGACCGGAUACCCGACAGCGCGGCCAGCAUGCUCGAACAGGCAGAUAUCAAGGUGAUUGUGGCGGACGUCAGUGCCGCACAGACCAAGGCGACCUCUAACGGGUAG